AUGAAUCAUGUUGGAGCUACCGUUGAGGUCCUUUCAUCUACAGCGGGUCCUUCUCAUGGUGUUCUUCAGACAUAUACAAAAGUUACACAAAACUGGGUUAUCACAAAUAUAAUAGACAAAGACAUAACAGGACGUCUUUAUAAAUCUGUUCGAGGUCCGAUAAGACGUCUUUAUUGCCAGGACGGAUAUAUUAUCACCAAGAUCAAUUUUGCGGACUAUGGCAAUCCCACUGGUACAUGUGAACACUUUAGAGACGGCAAUUGUGGCGCACCAGCUACCUUGAGGCUCGUUAAAAAGAAUUGUCUUGGGAAAAAACCGAAGUGUGUAUUUUUAGUUACGGAUGAGGUGUUUGGUCCAAGCCACUGCAAGGGACCUCCUACACUCGCGGUUGACGCCACUUGUACAAAAACCUAG